AUGUCAACAGCCUCGCAGCGGCGCGAUGGGCGUGGGCCGCGCGAGAUGCGUGGAAAGGAGCUGCGGACCUCCGAGCUCACGCAAUUUGACGGCUCUGCCUGGUAUUCGCAGGGCCUCACCACCGUCGUCGUCGCCGUCAACGGCCCAGUUGCGGCGCGGCAGGAUGACUACCGCAGGUGCGGCGUGCAGGUUUACGUCAGCCGCGCCGCGCGCCUGCCGCGCGCCGGCGGCGCCGAGCAACUCUGCGUGGAGGAGCAGCGCGUGGAGCAGCGCCGCGCGGACGCCGCUGUGGAGGCGUUUCUCGCCGCUUCUCUGGAGGCCGUGGUGCGCCUCGAGCAGUUCCCGCGCUGCGUGCUGGAGGCCCACGUCACGGUGCUCGCAGACGACGGCGCACUUCUUUCGGUGGCGGCGAAUGCCCUCAUGUGUGCGCUGCUGGACGCCGGCGUGCCGUGCCGCACGACGGUGGCCGCCGUGAGCAUCGCCGCGUGUGCGGCAGAGGGCCCUGAGCAAACAACAGGCGCAGCCGCCGCCGAGGCGUCCGCCGCACCGCUGCUGCUGCUUCUCGACCCCACACGCGUAGAGGAGGAGGGCGACGGGGUGCGCACACGCGCCACCGCCACGUUUCUGCUCUCGAGCUCGGCGGACGGUGGCGACGGCUGUGGCGGGGGUGUGUUGGCGAGCCAGCUGCGGGCGUGUCCGCGAUCGGCGGCGUACGGCGGCGGAGUUUCCUCCAAGGAGCUGGCUGGCAUGAUCGCGUUGGCCGAGCGAGCCGCGGGUUCCCUCUUCGCCUUUUUUCGCAACUGCAACGUCCCCCUGGAGUGA